GAAUAUUACAUCUUCAUAGAUACCUGUUAAUUAACUUUGCAAACAAACUUUUGGUCCAAUAUAUAUUCUAAACAUCGACAUUAGUAUCAUCAGCACUCGCAUCGGCAGUCGUUUCGAAAAUGUCUCAAAUAUUUAUCAUUUCGUUAUUUUUGUUGAUUGUUCAAACACGUUCUUACGACUUACUACUCGGCUAUCCAGAUACAAAUUCAAAUAUUAUCUACAGCAAAGUACACCAAGAAAAUCCAGCGAUAUGGUAUAGAUCAGAAACGUUCACAGUCAACUGUUCAAAGAGUGAAGUGAUCAACGCUAUUAAGGUACUGGAUUUAAGAGAUGACCUUAUGGGAGAAGUUUAUUUGAAAUCUGGAGGUAUCGGACAGAAGUUUGUGACGCUCGAGUUAGACAGUCCAAGCAUAUUCCGCGGCUAUAACUUCUACGUCGAAAUUUACGCGAUACAAAACAAUGAGUUUAUGUUUAAACACGGCAAGUGAAAACUUAAUUUACUAGCAGUUUUGGCGAACUUGUAUUGCCAUACUUUCUUCGUAAAUAUUUAUAAAUUUUUUUUAUACAAGCUGUGAUCUGGCAAUAAAUAAUACAAAAAAAAAGAAUGUUUGAAUUUGGUGCUGUCUUUGGGAAGUUAUGCGCGUACGUACAUUUCAACGAGUCAUUCUUAUUUAUGUAGACAAUAUUUUGUAUUAAUAUUGUUUCAAGUUUAGUGUGUUAAAACGUUACGUAUUCGUGUUAAUGUGUUACUGAUGUAAUAAAAUUACUUUUGUGUUU